AUGUCGACUUCAGAUUCAGAGGAUUACAUGUCUUCCAAGUACCUGGUAGAAGUGCCUCAAACCUCUGAACACCAAACUUAUUCUGAACGUCGUCGCAAAAAACUUCAGACUAACUCCGGUUACAUUAAACCUCGUCAUGUAUUGGACAAAGAAAGUCUUGAGCAAGGUCUUUCGAGACGAAUAGAUACAGAGGAAUCUCCUGGGAUGAGAAUCUUGAUGAAAAUGGGUUACGAAAAAGGAAAACCCCUAGGGAAAGAAUCCAAUGGUUCUGGACUGACGGAGCCUUUGCCCGUUGAACUGAAAAAGGGUAUAGUCCUGGACAGACUAGGUAUUGGAAUGUCUGCGCAAAUUAAGCGAAAAGCGCAGAACGAACUUGACAAAGCAGCUAAACAAGCAAAAAUCGAAGAGGAAGUAUUUAUUGAGCGUAUGAGUAAGGAACGUAUGACCAGAAAGCUUGAAGGACAACUAAAUAAGAUCAGGAAAAUGUGCCAAACUUUAGAUAAUCGAAAGGAGAUUCAGUACAAUAUCUUCUGGCCACAAUUGGAAGAAGAUGAUGAACAGAGUAAAGAUGUUCCAGAAAAUUCUUUACAUGCCUCGGAAGAUGAAAGCGAAGAGUUUGAAAAACUCCCGUCCAAAGAAAAAUUCGACUUAAUAUUGACUUAUUUGCGUGAUCAAUACCAUUAUUGCUUUUGGUGUGGAUGCGAAUAUAAUUGCGCUGAGGAGCUUUUAGAGGUGUGUCCGGGUAUUAAAGAAGAUGACCACGAUUAG